AUCAGAAGCAUUCUCAAAAAGCAAUAAUGUUACAUUAAUGCCAAAAAUGUAUUGCAUCACAUGAUCGGAACCUUCAAAUUGAAACAAACGAAAGAAUACAGAAACAUUAUACAAGUACCAUGCUUUGAAAUAGCGGUCCGCUAUUGCUUAAUGACCGCUAUAUAACGGUCGUGGUAGCCUCCGCUACCGCUACGGUCCGCUAUUGUGGUGUGAAAUUCAAAUCACACCGAAAUCUGCACCGCUAGGCUACCCGUACAAGGUAGUAUCUAAAACCUUGACAAGUACAUGAUCAACCAAAACAUGGUCCAGGAUGGAUCAUCUUCCUAUCAUCUUUCAGCAUGCCCCGCUUGGAUCAGCACGGAAGCCCUUUAUCCCCUAAACCUGAAUUCCCACAUGUAAGCACCCUCGCAUUUGUUUGUUUAAAAACAGGGACAGAGCCAGUGAGAUGAUUGUUGGACAGAUCCACUUCUCGGAGUGACGAGAUUCCUGCCAAUGAUUCCGGCACCGGACCCGUAAGACUGUUGUUGGCCAAUUGGAGGUGCACUAAGUUGGGGAAAGUGUUGUUGCUGAAGAAGCUGGGUAAGCCCCCGUGAAUGUUACAAUCGGCGGCGGUGAAACUAAAGAGGCUCGAAGAGGAGCUCAGAUCUUGCGGAAUCUCCCAGGGCUGAAGCAAAAGGUUGUAGUCUAGAGUAACCGACCAGAGGGCAGGCUUGUUGCGAAACAGAGUUUGCGGGAUUGAAGUGAAGCCGUUGUGGGAAACGUCGAGCAUCCCGAGAUUCGAGCAAUUGGCAAAGUCCGGAAGUUGGCCGGUGAGGCGGUUGUUGGCGGCUCCGAACCCUAACAACUGGGAGAGGACUCCCAGGCUUCCCGGCAGAGUCCCGUUGAUAUUCGAACUAGAAAUAUCGAUAGAGGUAACAAAUUUAUAGUUUGGGUCCGUUGUUGUAGGCGCACACGUCACACGGAGCCAGUCGCACGGAUUGGGUUCGGUCCAUGUGUCUUUUUCUGUGCUCGGGAAUGUAAUACUUCCCUUGAGCUGCAUCAUUACAAUGUGUUCUAGGACGUGCAGACUCUGACCCGCUGUCCCAUCAGCAAAGGCGGCGGCAAACAAAAGAAGCAAGCUGCCGGCCGCCGUCACAUGAUCGGACAAGAAACGCCGCCCCACAUUGCGGCGCUGCCAUUUCUUCCCCUCCAUCAUCAUACCUGAUAGCUAGUACGUACUUGUAUAUGCUCUUGGCCUAUCUCAUCUCAUCUGCCUUCUUUUAUACAUACAGGGGUGCCCAAGCUUGUUGACUAUGGAAUGGCGCUAUCGCCUUUCCAGCCAAUUCAAUAUACGAAUAUGAGAGAAAGUGUGAUAGUGAUGCAGUGGCAUUGAAAAAUGAAAAGUUGAAGAUUAAUAGCUAUGGUAAUCCAUAUGAGGCAUUGAAGAACCUUAAAGAGAAUCUAAGUGAUGAUGAUCUGCUGGAGUUCAGGAAAACACCAUUUGGAUACUUCUUAGACAUAGGCAACAUCCAGUGGAUUAAUGGCCAAUUACUAAUAUUGUUAAUGGCUAAUUAUGUUGAAAAAGUAGUGCCAAUUAAAGAACAUAGGGAAAUAGAGUUCAUCAUAGGGGGGAAAUUAGUAAGCAUGAAGAAAACAUAUUUGGCCCUUAUUACAGGGCUUAGUUUUGGGAAGAAGAAAUGUAAUACCAACAACAGUGUUGGAGACAUAUGGAGUAGGUACUUCCCACAUAAAGACAGUGUUGAAAGGGGUGAGAUUAAACAGGCAUUUCAGAGCGUAAGAUUAAAAAGAAGUGGGAAGAUGCCAUUAGAUGUCGUUAAGCCUGCAUUAUUGCAUAUCUUAGGGAGCUAUGUUUUAGGAAACCAAUCAAGUACAAAGCUACCAGAUGAGUACAUUAACUUGAUAGAUGAUUUAGAAGAGUUCAAUAAGUAACCAUGGGGGGAAGUGGUGUGGGCAGAUUUGGUGGAAAAGGUAGAAAAGUGUGUUGGUGUGCUUAACAAAAGCAAAUCAAGUAGGGUGACAUUCCCAGGAUACUUAUUUCUUUUGCAAAUUUGGGCGUUUGAAACGUUCCCUUCCAUUGAAAAACAAAAAGUGUGUGUGAAAAGCAAAGCAAAGAUGCAAUAUGGCCUAGAAUACUGAACUGGUCAGCACCGACAAGGCCUUGUCAGAGCAUCCUGGAGGAACUUAUAUUUAAGAGUGAUCAGAAUACUAAACGUUCACUCGUCAUUAUCUAUGUUUUAUUACAAUUUAUUACAAUGUAAAAACUAUUAUACAUUGCUUUUAUUUUGUUUUGUAGUUUGAAUGGGAAGAUAUGAAACCAACCAAUGAGGAGCUGAAGCUUGAGGUUGUGAGGAAGGCAUUAUUAGAAGCUGGAACAACAGAAAAAGGAAGAGAAAGAGGGAAUCAAUGCUCAUCAAGCACAUCUGCCAAAAGAAAGGGAAAUGAGGGGGGUAGUGAAAGAAGUGGUGUAAAAGAAGUGGAAGAAGGAAAGAGAAAAGAGAAGGUGCAUAAAGCCAUAAACUAGGCAGUGAUGGUGGAAAAGAAAAGAGAGAGUCUCACAGUAGCAAAAAGAAUAAGAGAAAAGAGCAUGGCGUAGAAGCGGGUGAGAAUAUGCUAGAUAGUAUAAUGGCAGCAAUGGUCUUACAAGGCAAAAGGAUUAAAAAGCUUGAAGGUGUGGUGGACAGAUUGUGUGGUUUGCAUAUAAACCAAACCAACAUGCUAAAGAAGCUACUAAUGGGCAAAAGAAGAAUGAUGGUGAAUAGAUGCUUGAGGACUGCUAGGAAGAAAGAGACUGAAAAAAGAAAGCAGACAUGCCAACUUUUGAGCUAGGCCCAGAAUUCAAUGAUACUGUCAUCCAGGACAGUGAAAAUCUGAUGUGGAAGGUGAUGCACAAUCGAAUGAUAGUGCUGAAAUACACUUAGCUGGUGAGGAUAGUAAAGAGACCACUGAACCGCACAAUGAAGACGGCGGAGAUAAAGCAGAAAAUGAUGGGUUGUUAGACUGUGAUGGCGUCAUUGACACUCAAACAUUGAUCAUGGAGGUUGAUAAAGUUGUAGCAAACAUGAGGGGGAAUAAGGAAGACACAGAAGAGCAGGAGGCAAACAAAGAGUUGGAAGAAGAAGAUGGUUUCAUGGAUACAUAACAAUUGUGGGUCCAUGUGGAUUCUGUAGUAGAAAGGAUCUAUGUGGAGAAAAAGACAAAAGAGAAUGACGGGAUGACUACAGAGGCUCAGCAGGCAGAAUACAAGGAAUCGGCAACCGAUGAAGAUUUGGAUUCGCGGGAUGCCAAGACUGCAGAGACUGCAGAAGAUGGGGUAAACACAUGUGACCUGGAACCAUUGGCAGUUGAGGGAAGACCAAAAUGGAAGGCAAAAUACCCAAAGAGAUUCACAUUUUCUGGGCCAAGAAAAGAUAAAAGAAGGAGGACACAACAAAAGGGAAAGGAGGAAGAUGGUUGUGAUGAUGUAGGGCAUUCAAUAGUAGAGCCAUUCAGUCUAGAUCCUUCACGAAUGCCUGCUGCGGAAUUGAUUAAAAAAACAUCAGAAUCCAUGCAUUCUGGGUUACUAAAAAAUCACAAAAAGAGUAAUGAUAGGAAAUACAAGGUUGAAUAUGAAGAGUUAACGGUGACGGGCAGUAUAGGAGAAUGGGAUGAUGCAAGCAUUGAUAGGAAGUCAUGGUACUACGCACUAUACUUCCCAGGGAACUGGUUGAGUGACUUGCAUGUGGAGCUGGGGAUGUAUUUCUUACGGAUGAAAGCUGAACAAUACAAGUUGAAGCAAAAGUUCACAACAGCUGACACGAUGUUUAUGCAUUUGCUGAAAAAGAAUUACGAUACACACAUUACCAAUGCAACGACAUUGGCAGACACUGCCUUAAACAGGAAUAUAAUGGGUAUCAUUUUUGGGACACACUUGGACUACGCGUUGCCAUGGGCAGAAGCGGACAUUGUGUACAUGCCACUGAAUAAUGUAACCACUGGAUCCUUAUGGUACUAGACAUAAGGGCAAAAUGCAUACGGGUGUAUGAUUCUAACGUUCGACGAGGUGAAACAAACAUCCACCUUCACCAUUACUUACCAUGCAUGCAAAUGUUUUUACCAAAAGUGAUGGAUAAGCUAGGAGUGUAUAAUGCGCGAGUUGAGGGUCCCGUGGGUGAAGACUUUUUGCAAAUCCAUAUGGUGAAGGAAUGCCCUCAACAAAAUGACAGCUGUGGAAUGUUUGUUUUAAAGAUGGACGAGUAUUUGAUGAUGGAUAAAGAUGUUGAGUACGUGAGACCGGAAGACAUGAAUGCAUACCGGAUCAAGAUGACUACAGAGCUGCUAGUACAUUUCGGUGUCAUAGAGGCUUAGGCUUGCAAAACUAAUGCACGAAUAUUGUUAUGUUACGAUUAUACUGCUG